AUGGGUUAUUUGUACAAUGUCAGUUCUGUUUUAUCAUCAAAUUCAUCGUUAACUAAUUAUUCAGAUGAUAGUUCUUCCAAAAGUAAGAAAAAGCCAGUGACUCAUUCCUGUUUGUCACCUGAUAAAAGUGCCAUUUUAUGUUGGCAUCCUGAACAAGAAUUUCCUUAUGAACAUACACGGCCAGUCCCGAGAAAUCCGAUUGAAUUAGCACAGGGAGAAACAGUAUUAAAGAUUCAGUAUGUCAGAGAUGCUCAGAUGAUCAACAAACGACCUGAAGGACCUAAUGAUGUAGAAUUGGCCAAUAUUUUAUAUGAGACUAAACAUAGGUUUUUCCCUAAACCAGGUAAGAAGUAUCGUAAAGUCAACCCACCAAAAGAUAGAGAUAGUUUAUAG